CUAGGUUAGAGCGCCUGCGCGGCGGGGUUCUCGGUCGCCAGCCAUUCCUGUGGAGGACUGCGGGUCGUUCGGACGUUUUGCCUGUCGCUGUAGGAGAGAUCCCGUCUCUCCGGGAAGGCGGCUACGGCGGCAAAAUGAAGAUCUUUGUGGGCAAUGUCGAUGGGGCGGAUACGACGCCGGAGGAGCUGGCAGCCCUCUUCGCGCCCUACGGCACGGUCAUGAGCUGCGCCGUCAUGAAACAGUUUGCCUUCGUGCACAUGCGCGAGAGCGCUGGCGCGGUGCGCGCCAUCGAGGCCCUGCAUGGCCAUGAGCUGCGUCCAGGUCGCGCGCUCGUGGUGGAGAUGUCGCGCCCAAGGCCCUUGAACACUUGGAAGAUUUUCGUGGGCAAUGUGUCGGCUGCAUGCACAAGCCAGGAAUUGCGCAGCCUCUUCGAGCGCCGUGGACGCGUCAUCGAGUGUGACGUGGUAAAAGACUACGCGUUUGUUCACAUGGAGAAGGAAGCAGAUGCCAAAGCCGCCAUCGCGCAGCUCAACGGCAAAGAAGUGAAGGGCAAGCGCAUCAACGUGGAACUGUCAACCAAGGGGCAGAAGAAGGGGCCUGCCCUGGCUAUCCAGUCUGGGGACAAGACCAAGAAACCAGGGGCUGGGGAUACAGCAUUCCCUGGAACUGGUGGCUUCUCUGCCACCUUCGACUACCAACAGGCUUUUGGCAACAGCACUGGUGGCUUUGAUGGGCAAGCCCGUCAGCCCACACCGCCAUUCUUUGGUCGCGACCGCAGCCCCCUGCGCCGUUCACCUCCUCGAGCCUCUUAUGUGGCUCCUCUGACGGCCCAACCAGCCACCUACCGGGCCCAACCCUCAGUGUCGCUGGGAGCUGCCUAUAGGGCCCAGCCUUCUGCCUCUUUGGGUGUUGGUUAUCGGACUCAGCCCAUGACAGCCCAGGCAGCCUCUUACCGUGCUCAGCCCUCUGUCUCCCUUGGGGCCCCAUACAGGGGUCAGCUGGCUAGCCCUAGUUCCCAGUCUGCUGCAGCUUCCUCACUUGGCCCAUAUGCUGGAGCCCAGCCCUCAGCCUCAGCCCUUUCCACUUAUGGGGGUCAGGCAGCCGCAGCUUCUUCGCUUAACUCCUAUGGGGCUCAGGGAUCCUCCCUCGCCUCCUAUGGUAACCAGCCAUCCUCUUAUGGCGCCCAAGCUGCCUCUUCCUAUGGAGUUCGUGCAGCAGCUUCUUCCUACAACACACAGGGAGCAGCUUCUUCCCUAGGUUCCUAUGGGGCUCAGGCAGCCUCCUAUGGUGCCCAGUCUGCAGCCACCUCACUAGCUUAUGGAGCCCAGGCAGCCUCGUACAGUGCCCAGCCCUCAGCCUCUUACAGUGCCCAGUCUGCCCCAUAUGCUGCACAACAGGCUGCUUCCUAUUCUUCCCAGCCUGCUGCUUAUGUGGCACAGCCAGCCACAGCUGCUGCCUAUGCUAGCCAGCCAGCUGCCUAUGCUGCACAAGCCACUACCCCAAUGGCUGGUUCCUACGGGGCUCAACCAGUUGUUCAGACCCAGCUGAAUAGUUAUGGGGCUCAAGCAUCGAUGGGCCUGUCAGGCUCAUAUGGAGCUCAGUCUGCUGCUGCGGCCACUGGGUCCUAUGGUGCAGCAGCUGCCUAUGGGGCUCAGCCUUCUGCCACCCUGGCAGCUCCUUACCGCACUCAGUCGUCAGCCUCAUUGGCUGCUUCCUAUGCUGCUCAGCAGCAUCCCCAGGCUGCUGCCUCCUACCGUGGCCAGCCGGGCAGUGCCUACGAUGGGACAGGCCAGCCGUCAGCAGCCUACCUGUCUAUGUCCCAGGGGGCCGUUGCCAACGCCAACAGCACCCCGCCGCCCUAUGAGCGUACCCGCCUCUCCCCACCCCGGGCCAGCUACGACGAUCCCUACAAAAAGGCUGUCGCCAUGUCGAAAAGGUAUGGUUCCGACCGGCGUUUAGCCGAGCUCUCUGAUUACCGCCGUUUAUCAGAGUCGCAGCUUUCGUUCCGCCGCUCGCCGACAAAGUCCUCGCUGGAUUACCGUCGCCUGCCCGAUGCCCAUUCCGAUUACGCACGCUAUUCGGGCUCCUAUAAUGAUUACCUGCGGGCAGCUCAGAUGCACUCUGGCUACCAGCGCCGCAUGUAGGGCCAUCCUGGGGAUGGGGCACCACAGGAAGGGAGAGAGAGGAAGAGGUAGGGUAGGGUGCAGACCCAGGUUAUCCCCACCCUGUCUCAUACCUCUCCCGAUAGUGGUUUUUCAUCCCCUCCCUCUAUCACGUGGGCCGUCCCCAGGAGAGGACCCUUUUGUGUUUGGCAGUGACCUGCUUUGUUUCUUUGCCUCAGCAGCACAUCUUGCUACUGGCUUUAGAUCUGCGGUUUUCCCUCGACCCUGCCAUCUCCCCAGAAUGGAUAUUUCUUUUAUAUUUUUAUUUUUUUCCUGGCUCCCUUUUAUUUUUCUGCGCGAUACUUAAGGUUGUCUGGAGGGUGAUACAACCUGCAGCUGAGGUCAGGCGGUGUGUUUUUCUUUUUAGAUGUGAGGGAGGCCAGGAAAGGGUUACUUUAACCAUUUCCUAUGGGCCAAGCUAUGCCAGCAGUCCAGGGGGCCGUGAUUGUCCUCUGUAGAGACUGUUGAGACUGAGAUCCUGUUGGGACGGACAGUCAGUUGGUAUGUGUCCAAAUCCCUGCUUACCAUUGAAGUUUUAGCUGAUGGUGACUGGCAUAGUCCCAAUUCCCUAUCUCCCCAAGUAGGUGGUGUUAGAAACCUUAAUUUUUUUCUCUUUUGUAUGGACUACAAAUAAAACUUGGGGCGAUUUGUGGUUUGGAAA